AUGCCCUCAGAUAUCAUACACAACGUGCUGGGUCUUCCGGAUACGUGCGUCUAUCAGAACCAGGUCCGCGCCUGCCGGUUGUCGUUCUCCUGCUGGCUGGAGGGCGGUAGACAUGUGUCCGGUUGCGGCGAAAGCCGGUGGCUCAUGUCAUGCUGCGUGCCGGAGAACGAGCUCUCCAACACCAUCAUCGCACCGAAGGUGGCCUACGCCGGUCCGAUGGUUCCCGUGGCCCUAAUACCACCGAUAGUACCGGCUAGUCGACCCAACGUGAUCGUCCCGCCGCCGGCGUUCUCCAACAAGAAGAGUUUCUUCCACCGUCGCUCGGAUCAGCUGAUGCAGAGUGAGUGUGGCAUCCCGCAGACAUCGCAGAACACGCUGCAAAAGCGCAUCAUUGGAGGCAGGACGGCGAACUUUGCGGAGUAUCCCUGGCAGGCGCACGUCAGAAUCGCGGAGUACCAGUGUGGAGGGGUGUUGGUCUCUCGGCGGUUCGUCGCGACGGCUGCCCACUGUAUACAGCAGGCCCGGCUGAAGGACAUCCUCAUAUACCUGGGCGAGCUGGACACGCAGAACUCGGGGAAGAUCGUUGAACCGCUGCCGGCGGAGAAGCAUCGCGUCGAGCUGAAGAUUGUCCAUCCGAAGUUUAUCUUCCGCAUGACGCAGCCCGACCGGUACGAUCUGGCGCUGCUGAAGCUGACGAGACCGGCCGGCUAUAAGUCGCACAUUCUGCCAAUCUGCCUGCCGAUGCGACCGCUGGAUCUGGUUGGUCGCAAGGGCAUCAUAGCAGGCUGGGGCAAGACCAACGCCAACAUGGGCCAAACGGGAACGAACAUUUUGCGGACGGCGGCUGUUCCUAUCAUAAGUACAAAAGAGUGUUUGCGGUGGCACAAAAGCAAGAAGAUCAACGUGGAGCUGUUCAACGAAAUGUUCUGCGCGGGACAUUCCGACGGUCACCAGGAUGCGUGUUUGGGCGACUCCGGCGGUCCACUGAUCAUCAACGAUCGAGGGCGCUACACGCUGAUCGGGAUUACCAGUGCCGGGUUCGGUUGUGGCGUCGACCACCAGCCGGGCAUCUACCACAAUGUGCAAAAGACGAUCAACUGGAUACAGAGCGUAGUGUAUGCGUAA